AAUGUCGCAGCCUCGCCUCGCUUCGUGCAGUCGAGCCACUGAUCCCGGACAAGCGAAAUUCGGCCACACUCGUCGAGUCCGAGUUCCAGCUUCUCAGUCAUGGUGGUGACAGGCACCCUCGUGGCCUCGAGCGCCGUGACGCAGCUGCCAUCAGGCAGCUGCAGCUCGCUGCGUCCGUCACCUGGGCUCCGAUCUUCUUCCAUUUCCUCCGCCUCCGCUUUUGCUCGACAGAGUUUCCGAUUUGUACGUCUCGAUACUCAGCCUUCAAGCACCGCUGGAACUCCCCGCAGAACACCUGUUUGUGCCUCUGUUUCAUCUCCAGGUGCAGCACCACUUGCAGAAGGUUAUUUGACCAAGUCCUUGGAGGGCGUUCAAGUAUGUGAUCCUACCGGAGCACGAGUUUCCCUGACCAGCCUUUGGGAGAAUCGGAAGGCUGUGGUUGCGUUUGGUAGACAUUUUGGGUGCAUGCUUUGUCGGAAAAGGGCUGGUCUUCUCGAGGCUCGUAAGACAGAGAUGGACGCUGCAGGGGUAGCACUUGUGCUGAUUGCUCCAGGGGUACCGGAACAGGCGAAGGGGUUUCUUGAGCAUAACAAGUUUACAGGAGAGGUUUAUGCUGACCCAGAGUAUGCCGCAUAUGAAGCUCUAGAUUUCACGAAGGGUUUCUUGUCAGUCGUCAAUCCGAAGUCCGGUCAAAGAUUAAUCCAAGCACGGCUCGACGGUUAUGACCAAGACUGGGAGCUGUCGUUGGGAUAUAAGGACACAGUACAGAAGGGAAGCUGGCUGCAGGGUGGAAUUCUCGUCGCAGGACCUGGAAAAGACACCGUUCAUUAUUUCUUCAAGGACGCAGAAGCAGGGGACGAACCCAACAUGGAGGAACUGAUGGCCGCAUGCUGCAGCAGCUAAAUCGGCCCAGGACGAGUUGCUCUGGUUCAGAUUACCCUUUGGAGUCCAAGGUGUGGGUUCCAAGGUUACUGUAAAAGUGUACAUUGCAUCAUAAUCACAAGCAGAUCGCUAUCAAAGUACAACACUUGCAUAUGUACUAUGCAAGGGAAACUGGCCGUGGUCGUUCUGGAUGAAUUGACUGAUGUUUGCACGUUAUCUCGUUUUGAGUAAUUGAAUGGCAAAAGAUUAUAGAGGGUGUAAUUAUUCACCAUUCAAACUUUCGAAGACGUGCAAUGGAAGCUUCACUCACGAAGUUGACGAUCAACGCUUCUAUCUAUCCGCGUUUGACGAAGUCGUUUCUGUACUUUACCACCGGGUUCGAAAACUGUGUUCGAGUGCUGGGAUAUGCCGACUGCUUAUGAUAUCCUGCCUUUGCUACACUACGCAGCAUUCAAAGGAUCGCUUUCCUCUUCAAAAUCUAAGAUUAAGCUCCUCCUUGGAAUGCUGUGGAGUGCGGCAACGCCAAGACCGUCAUUUGAAACUAUGCAGCAGCCUCCAGUCGCUGUCUUGAAUGUUUCACAUGGGAAGGAUAACACGCUAGACUUCACCUCUGCAAUCUCCACAGCCAUUCCUCAGAAGAUUACUAGUCAUUCAAACCUGCAUUCUUCUCGUCUAGAACUGCGUCAUUUAAUCUACUAGCAAG